GUGUCAAAGUGAAGCCAUACACAGCAUGCAAGUGUAAUACUAGCCUCGGCCUGGGAUCAAGGCUAGGAUAAUACCCACUUCUCUGAGUAGAGCUAUUGACUGUUAGGAUGGAAGAGGAGCUCUCUACAGCCUCCACAGCUGGCUAUGGUCUCCAGUGGCCGUGGCCUGUCUACACCACCGAGAUAGUCAAUCUGAGCAACUCGUCAGCAUCAGUGUGUAUAGAAGAGAGGUCGUUGGGUGGCUACCUGGAGAUCAGUGUGCUCUGCUCAGCAGCACUGAUCAUUGUGGUGCUCAACCUGAUCCUGCCCAGAUGGAGGGAGAGGACACUACAGGGAUGGACACAACUAGUGGUGCCUGUCAAGUUCCUGGACUCUACACGAUAUCGAGUGAUCUACUGUAUGGCUCUGAGUGCGUGGGCGGGGGACGUCCUCAAGAGUGUCUCUGACUCCACCCAGUUCAUACGGCACAAGGACAAUGCACUACUGGACGCCUUCUACUUCUUCAUAUUGUCCCCGACUGUGAUUAUUCUGAAGCAGACGCUGGCCUACUUCCCAGUGUUGGCCUGUGUGGAUGGACCACUCCCCCUCCUCUCACACACACUGGGAUGCCUCCACACUCUACUACUGGGCAGCCAUAGUGUCUACUCUGAGAGCCUCCAGCUGAGAGGCUGCUCACCUAAAGGAGUCAUGACUACCAGAGAUAUGGUAUUCUCAGGUCUCAUCUCUGCCCCUGUGUACGUGAUCUACCUGAUAGUGGGGGUGUGGUUUCUCUUCCAGGCUCUCCUAGAGCUACCCCUCGUCCUCUGCACCAGACACAAGGCUUAUCAGAGUUCUCAUCACGACCAUGGCAACCAACAGUCCUAUGACUACGUGCAGGGGCUACUUAAAAAGAGAUGGAGACCUGCUGGUAGGAUGGUGGUCAACAUGCACACUCUCUGUAACUAUCUGAAGAGAGGCCUUAAGUAUGUCCUGCCUUACCACGGUGGGUACAGGUAUCCUCUACCAUUCGUCAGUGCUAUCAGUAUGGCAGUCCUCAUCACUUAUCAGCUUGGUCUAUCACUAGGCUAUGCUUCCGUCUCGUACACUGAGCAGUUAAUGCGCUGGGUGAGGGAGUUCAAUAUCACCGUGGAAACAAUCGAACACUUUUUCCCACAACUUAAACCAAGAGUUGACAGUAUUUUCUACGAUGCUAAGAGCUUGAUACUGGCAUUCAAUAUCAUCAUUCCCCUGUCUGUGUUCAUCUCCUUUGCUAUGAGUCUUGGCUUCCUCAUGUACAUGGUACAACAACAUCAUAAGCUGAUGGUGGGAGCAUGCCGUGGUGAGCUCUCCUUCCUAGUGUCCUCAGAGCCACUGCCAUCACUAUCAUACAGACUGGCUGCCACCAUGAGGUACUCGGCUUUCCAGUUCUCUUAUAUUGUGUUCACCUGGAUGGUGUACUUUUUCAUGAUGGCUUCCCUCAUGUGCUUUGGUCUCAUCUUCUACAUACUUUUUAAGAAUGGCCAAAACUUUGGAGUCCACGUCUGGGCCUGGUUUAUGGUCCCCCUGAUGUGGGGGGCAGUGAUGCACCUGGUUCAGGGGUUCCUCUGUCACGUUGUCUUCCUCAAAGACAAGACUGUCUCAAAAACUGGCUUUGUACCGCUUAGAUUCAAAUCACUGUAUCAGAUUCUCUCAUUCAUUUUCUUUUUCUUCAAUGUGAUCUACGGCAUUGUCAUGUGCUUUCUCCGAGUGUUUGCAAUGGUCAUGUUCACCAUUGUCAUGCUGUUCAGAAUAGACAGGGAUGUGUACAUGAGGGGACUGGAGGGAUGGGACGUGGGUUAUCGCACAUUCAUUGGGUACAUGUACAUGGAGGUGACCAACAACCAUCCAGUGGUGAGGACCUUCCUAGCACUGCUCCAGGAGACCACACCCUCCCAACGGACGUCACUCAGAGCACCCUCUGAUAACUCAUUGGCAACCAUUGACCUCACUUCUAGCGCCAGUCCCAGUAGAGAAGCUAACGGACUUCAUCACAGACACACUAAUGGAGGAUUAUCUGAAGGAGUGUUGAGGAAUAAAGCUGACAGUUCAAACAGACUCAAAGAUAUCACAAGAGUCUCAAAGUCCAGACGUGCCCGGAAUCGGUGGUUGGUAGCGUACACUCUCCUCCGUAACCCAGCACUCAGAACACUCACUGCUAGCUCUCUUAGACAACUCUCUUCAUCAUCAGUCAAUGAUAACUGCUAUGGAACAUUCUAGCUCUAGGGCUAAUAAUUAUUGUGUGCUGUUUGUGACGUACCCUUUUAUUUAUGCACAAUUUGUAAUUAUUGUUCAUCAAUCACUAUUGACACUUUUUGUAACACUUUUGAUUAUAAAACAGUACGUCAACUGUAA